GGUUUGAGGGACGUUACGAGUUGCACCUGAAGGCACCACCCUCGUUCAGUCAGUCAGCGGCAGACAGUCACAGCAGCAGCUGGGAAUGCGAGGGAUCUGCUGCACGGACCGCUAUUUACACGACUGGAUAUCACAGCAGGGUCCGACCGGGAAACAAACAAACUCUCUCUCUCUCUCUCUCUCAUAUCUAGACAGCGCUACGUGUUCAGUCCGCGGAGGAGGCGUGCGGGAGAGUCGUUGGUCUCCGCCUGCAUCAGAUGGUCACCGGACAGCCGGCGGGGGCUCACUGCGGGGCCGCAUGCUAGAGGAGGAGGAGGUGGGGGGGAACCAGCCGGAGAACCGUGUUUACCACCUCCACACCUCCUAGUCCGUGAACUUAACGCGCCUCCCUGCUUAAAAGUGUCACUCCGCGUGACCCGUGUCCAGGGUGGUGGUGGUGGUGGUGUGGUGGGUGGAGACGCUUGACUUUAAAUGUUUCACCGCCACCAAACCGCUGGAGUGAAAUCCGCUGCGGCGCACACGCGACCCGCCGCGCGUCAAUAAAUGAUAGAGGAUACGAUGACCCUGCUGUCUCUGUUAGGUCGGAUCAUGCGUUAUUUUCUGCUCAGGCCGGAGACCCUGUUCCUGCUGUGCAUCAGCCUGGCUCUCUGGAGCUACUUCUUCCACACGGACGAAGUGAAGACCAUCGUCAAGUCCAGUCGCGACGCGGUCAAGAUGGUCAAGGGGAAAGUGGCGGAGAUGAUGCAGAACGAGCGGUUCGGCGGGCCGGACGUCCUGGACGCGGAGUUCUCCAAGACCUGGGAGUUCAAGAGCUACAACGUGGCCGUGUACUCCAUCCAAGGCCGGCGAGACCACAUGGAGGACCGGUUCGAGGUGCUCACCGACGUCGUCAACAGGAGUCACCCGUCUAUAUUUGGGAUUUUUGACGGCCACGGGGGAGAUGCUGCUGCUGACUUUGCCAAAGCCCACCUGCCCGAGGCGCUCCGCCAGCAGCUACUGACCUACGAACGGGAGAGAGAACGCGACAGAGAAAAAGACAAGGAGAAAGACGAAAAGAAGGAGAGGGGCGGCUUGUCCUAUCCGUCCAUCCUGCGGCAGCAGAUCCUCACUUUGGACAGAGAAAUGCUGGACAAGCUUUCUGCCACUUACAACGAAGCAGGUACCACGUGUCUGGUGGCCCUGCUGUCUGAUAAGGAGUUGACUGUAGCCAACGUCGGCGACUCACGUGGAGUUCUGUGUGAUAAAGACGGCAACGCUAUUCCUCUUUCGCAUGACCACAAACCUUACCAGCUCAAAGAACGCAAGAGGAUCAAGAAAGCUGGUGGGUUCAUCAGCUUCAACGGCUCGUGGCGCGUCCAGGGCAUCUUGGCCAUGUCCCGUUCUCUGGGCGAUUACCCGCUGAAGAACCUCAACGUGGUCAUUCCUGACCCUGACAUCAUGUCGUUUGACCUGAACAAGUUGCAGCCAGAGUUCAUGAUCCUGGCCUCGGACGGCCUGUGGGACACCUUCAGCAACGAGGAGGCGGUUCGCUUCAUCAGGGAACGACUGGGCGAGCCGCAUUUUGGCGCUAAGAGCAUAGUCCUCCAGUCCUUUUAUCGGGGUUGCCCCGACAACAUCACCGUAAUGGUGGUCAAGUUUAAAGGCAAGGCCAGCGAACAGUAGACCGACUGUCUACCACACACAGUAUCUAUAUAUUAUGUUUGAAUAUGAGUAAGAAUGAACAGUAACAGCUAUCUCUAUCACAUUUGCAUAAGUUAGCCGGCCUUUCGGUGCAUCAAUCAACCGCUCCUUAACUUCGCCUGCAGAAAAAGUGACACUUGUAAGAAAUGGAGUUCCACUUCCAUAUUAUUUCAAAGUUCUAUCAGUCCAUUUGACCACUAAUCUUGUUAGUUGACAUUUCCUGACUCAGUUUCCAGAUAAUUUAAUUCCAAAUUGAAGUUUACUGAUUGACUGCACUGAAAAGGGUAGUUUUUCCUGGAUAGGAUACACAAUGGUACAAAUAAGAAUUUACUCCCUUUAUACUAACAACACAAAUGAUGAUGUGCUUGCUCGAAUAUCACUAUUGAUACUGCACAGCAAUAGAAGCAAUUGCAACGGUCCCACGCUGAGCAUUGGAUCUAUGUAUGGAUGAAGUGUUAUGUCUGCAGUUGUCCAAUUUCACAGGUUUAGAUCUCAACUGUGAAAGCUUGUUUUUAAGGAUUGCUGCAAGUUUCUGUGCGGAUAAUGUCUUCUGAUUUUAUUGUUGCUAUAGUUAAAGAUUUGUUAAAGCUUAGAGACUUGAUCGAUUCCAAACCUUAUCAGAAUCCAUGUAACUACUGAUAAUGAUUGUUGGAAAACGCAGCGUAGCUUACACGUUUUUUUUAAAGCGCAACCAUUUGGUGAUAAUGUUGUAACUUCUCAUUGUGACUUUUAACUGCUAAUUAUUCAAUCACAAAGUUUGUCACAUGCCAUCUGAUAAUAUCAUAACUGUUACUUUAAACAAGUAAGAAGAAGGUAAUAAUAGUUAAUAUAUAUAAAUAUACAUAAUUGGCAGUAAUUCUUGUAAUAUUAUUUAGGAAUUAAGAUUAUUAUGUAAGAUUUAGGAACAUUUUAAUAGGCUUCUUUUUUUACACAUUGAUUUGCUAUUCAUUUAUGUGACUUUUCUGAUAUUAUCAUUGACUACAAUCUACACAACAUAUGUACUGAAAAUGAAAUCUUACUGUUAAUGACAUGUCAUCUUCAUACAUAUCACAUUUCUCUGACCUGUAACUCAAAAUGUAACAAAGAAUGAAACAUUAUUUUGCCUUAUUUUCUUAACUAUUAAUUACCUGGAAUGAAGACUGCUGCAAAAUCUACAUCUUGGUUUUUAAUGUAAUGCAGUCGAUCAUGCCAUGCACACCUUAUUAACUCACAUGUAGAAUAGCAUUGUUGAAAGAAAUAUCUCCAAGAGACAUGAAAUUGUAAGAUGAAUGUACAUACUGUCCUUGUGUUACUAUUCCCCCAUCCACUGUUCACACUGCAAUGAAGAAAGUGGUGCGCCUGUUUCUGGAUUGUUUAACUUCAGAGAUAUAUAUCCGAUAAAUGUUUGUGCUUUUUCAGACCACAGUCUCCCUUGAUAGUGUACUUUACAACGUGUCAAUGUGGCAUUUUUACUUGUUUUUGUUUAUUUUAAUAAACUGUAAAAAGAUGUCAAUCAAAAAGUUAACAUUAAAAUGGCAAAUUAUCAUU